GUGAUAGGCGGGGUAGGAACCGUUGUGAGGGUUGUAUGUUGCUGGGGGGAGAGCACAAUAAAGUAUGUUCCGUCUUGACAUGAACGAGCGUCUGUCCCGUCUCUGCCUUAAGGGUUUCUAUGUACCUAUUAAACAAUAGAACAUGGUGUCAGAAGUGGGAUCCAAAAGUGUCGAAGCGAAGAGACUACUGGACUAGAGUAAGUCCCAAGCAAGACAGGACGUUGAAAGUGAUAAAAGUAACUUCAGUCCGCUAGCACGGCUAGGCAGGAGCUAACGCUAAGGGAGACGAGGAAGAAAACAACGAGGCUCGAAAAGAUGGCGCAAUAUCAAGUAAUGCCACCGGAAAAAUUCACGUUCAAGGCAGAAGACUGGCCCAAAUGGAUAAAACGCUUUGAGAGGUUUCGCAUCGCAUCAGGUUUGGAAACUCAAGCGGAGGAGAACCAAGUGAAUGCACUAAUCUACAGUAUGGGAGAAGAAGCGGAGGACAUUUUGGUUUCCCUCCACCUCACCCCAGAACAAAUGAGUCAACAACGAGCCAUUCGCGGAAAUGUUGUGUGCGUGCCGUCUGAAGUACAGGAGACAGUCGAUGCUUUGCCGAGGAUAAGAAGUAAGUCGCAGAUGUUGAGAGUGAAACUGAAGAGACGGCUUUGCUACAAAGGCCAUCAGUUUUUUCAAACUGUCACUUGGUCCAAGCUAAUGAGCGCUCUGAUAAAACUGAAGCAAAUUCAUCCGCAAUACAGAAGCAUAACUAUCCGCGACGAUCCGGACCUUUGCGACCCAACCCUCACUGAUGACGAGAGCGGCUCAGAUGAAGCGGAAAUGAGCGACAUCGAGUACAAUGAGGAAGCCCUGGAGGAGAUGUACAGAUUUGAGACUGAAGCUCUGCGUGAAAUGAACGGUGAGUCACAAAAUGUCAAUCAGCAACAAGGAAAUCUAGAAGAUGGUGAUCAACCUAGCGGUGGAGUUAUACUUGAAUCGUGUCUCCAACCGAGUGACGUGUCAGAGGAAAUUAUGAGUUUUACUGAGGGCAUUUACUCUGUUGCUCCUGCAGAAAGAAAUAACCCUGUAAGCUUUUUCAAGACUCCCAAACUCGAGGCCAUGGCUUUUCCAGUGCAGUUCCCGAGCGGGCAAAACACGCUCGAUGAAGAGAGACCGAUAAAACUCACACCGAGCAAGUAUUUCAAAACCCGACUGUGUUGCGUGGAUGAACGUUUUGCGAGGGAUCCGACCUACUUGUUCUUUGCUCAGUUUGUGACCGAAAUCUACCAGGCGACGUCGAGCAUGUCAAUACAGCUACGCAAAGGUAAACCGUUUACCCGAGAUGGUCGGAGAAUUACCAACGCUAUGCUUCAGGACAAACGUCAAGUUGAAAAACUGGUGCGCAGCAAAGACGCCGUCCGCUUCAUGACGCCGCUGAGAGGCACGCCAGCCUAUUGGGAGAGAACCACCAAAGAUCUUUUUGCAAUGAUCCGACAGCUGGGUACACCCACGUUCUUUUGCACAUUUUCUGCUGCUGAAAUGCGUUGGGAAGAGGUCAUCACUGCCAUCAAAGCGCAACAAGGUGAAGUGGUGAAUUUUGCUGGAUUGGACUGGGCUACCAAGUGCGAAAUUCUACGCGGCAAUCCGGUGACGACGAUGCGCAUGUUUGACAAACGUGUGGAAGCUCUGUUCAGAGAUUUGAUCCUCUCUCCGGCGCAACCGAUUGGUGAAGUGGUUGACUACUUUUACCGAUUGGAGUUUCAGCACAGAGGAAGUCCUCACAUUCAUUGCCUCAUAUGGGUUAAAGGUGCCCCUGUAUUUGAGGAAUCCUCAGACAAAGCCAUCUGUGAUUUUGUAUCCCGCUACAUCUCCGCUGAGCUGCCGGACCCGCAAAAGGAACCCGAAUUGUACAAAAAAGUCACAGAGGUUCAGAUGCACAGCAAAAGUCACUCCAAAACGUGUGUCAAACACCAGGGUGCAAAUUGCCGUUUUGGAUUCCCCAAACAACCGUGCCACGAAACGAUGAUCAUCAGACCUGCGCCCGUAGACGACGACAAUCGAGAUCGACACGCGGAGAAUCGCUCGGCGGCCAACGCCAAGCUUGUUCCCGUGCUAAAUCUCCUGAAUGAGCCUGAAACUUCAUCCAUGACUUUGCCUCAGCUGCUGGCUAAAUGCGAGCUCACCGGUGACGACUUUGUGAACUGUUUGCACCUGACGGCCUCGUCGAGUUCUGUCGUGCUUAAGCGAGAACCCAAAGACUGCUGGGUCAACUACUACAACCGCCAUUUGCUUCUUGCCUGGGAUGGAAAUCUGGACAUUCAAUACAUCCUGAAUGCCUAUUCUUGCAUCGCGUACAUCUGCAGCUACAUCAGCAAAGCGGAACACGGUCUGAGCCAAUACCUGAAAUCGGUCAUUGAGAACUCCCGCAACGAAAAUGUCAACGAGAACGACGAAAUGAAACAAAUUAUGCAAGCGUACUCCAAGAAGAGGGAAGUGAGUGCUCAGGAGUGUGUGGCGCGCGCAUGCGGCCUGCAUAUGAAACAGUCCUCCCGCAUGGUGGUAUUUGUACAAACGAGUGACAAUGCGCUGAAAAUGAGUUAUCCUCUCUCGCUGCUUGAGGGCAAAACCCAGGACUCGCACGAAGUGUGGAUGACUGGGCUGCCGGACAAGUAUAAAUGCAGACCUCAAACGGAGGAAUUUGAAGUCAUGUGCUUGGCUGAUUUCGCAUCAAGGUGCAGAAUUGUUUACGGUAAACAAGUCAAAGGUAAAAACGUUUUGCGUCUGCUGAACGAUAUGGGGUUUGUACAAAAAAGAACAGAAAAACCUGCGGUCAUCAAAUAUUGUAAAUUCUCAGAACAAAAGAAUCCAGAGGAAUAUCACCGCACCUUGCUCAAGCUGUACCUGCCUCAUCGUGCUGAUUGCCAGUUGAAAUCUGAACGCUUUCCCACCUCACAGUUGUUCCACGAGCAUGCCUGUGUACAGUUACCGUACGCCGACCAUGUGGAGCGCGUGUCUGAAAUCGUCAAGAGGAACAGAAAAACGUACGAGGGACACAGUGGAGACAUUGAAGAUGCCAUCAGAGAGUUGGAGGAAAGCGGGCUCAAUGUGAACGAAUGGUGCCACCUGGCUCCCGAGAGUGAGCUGCAAAGACUCGAAUGCAUUGAGGAAAUCAACGCGAGAGACGACCCGACUGAGAACGCGGAGGAAAACGUCCCCGACUAUAACGUGAGAUCGGCGACGAGAGAAACGGCUAUUGUGGCUGAACCUGCUGCCAUCGAUCCCACGGUGUUACGCAGUAUGUAUCGAAACCUGAACCGAAAACAAGCGUCUGUGUUCUACAAGGUCCGAGAUUGGUGCGUGAAACGUGUUUGUAGCUCGAAGCCGAUCGAGCAGUUUUUCUACUAUGUCAACGGUGGCGCCGGGACCGGCAAAUCGCAUCUGAUCAAAUGCAUCCACGCGGAGGCCACGAAAAUACUGCUCAGACUACCACGACUGGCUGAGGAAGCGGACAUUUGCAAACAGACUGUUGUUCUCGCAGCCUUCACGGGUACGGCGGCAUUUAACAUUUCAGGGACCACUUUGCAUUCUCUCCUCAAACUGCCGAGAAGUCUCAGACCCCCGUAUCAAGGCCUGGGCAACAAACUGGACGAAGUCAGAGCGGAGCUUUCGAUCGCUGAAAUACUCAUUAUCGACGAGAUUUCCAUGGUGUCAAAAGACCUUUUUGCCUACGUGAGUACCAGAUUGAAACAAAUCAAAGGAAUCGAUUUACCUUUUGGCGGUAUGUCUGUGCUUGCUGUCGGAGAUUUCUUUCAGCUCCCUCCUAAAAAUGAUGCCGCCUUUGCCGAAGUGCUGAACAGACUCCGCGUCAAAGACAGGUCUCGCGAACUGUCGGAACCGGACGCAUCUCUGCUUGCUACGAGACAGGAGGAGAGGAUGCAGAAUACCGGAGUGGUGCGCCGGCAGUUUCCCGUUAAGCUUGCUUUUGCUUGCACGAUCCAUAAGAAACGCACCUCCGAGGAUCUGCGGCCGCCUGCUUGGAAGGCUAUACCAUGUUUCACAGGAAUCGAAGUGAUUCUUAUACAACCUGUCCCGACUUGGCGACAAAACUCGGUGGCGGCGUAG